AUGAAUCAUACAAACCUAUUCAGUAAAAUGCUUUUGUUAAAUAAACCAUUAUCGCUUCGUUGUGUCACUCUUCGAUUUGAUUAUGAUUGUUCUCAACUAAUAACAACUACAGUUAUAACUACAAAUCUUACAUAUCUAAAUUUAUUGUUCUACACCAAAACUUUUGAUGAGAUAUUGUUUUAUGUUCUAAUUCCCAUUCUUCGUAUACAAAAAUCAUUGCGACAAAUGAAUGCUAUAAUUAAACAUCCAAUUAUAUUAGAAUACGAUACUACUUUCAAUAUUCCAAAUCCAUUAUCUAUGAACAAAAACGAUUUACCUAGAGUAGUCUCAUUAAAAAAAUUCUUUUUAGAAAUCCUAACACAGUUUGAUAUAAAUUCACUUGGUAUCAUUCUCUAUUGUAUGCCUAAUCUUCAACAAAUUAGUUUUACAUUUAUUGCUGAAUAUCUUGAUACAUCAUUUAUCAAUAUUUUAUUCAAUGGAAAUAUUUGGCAACAAAUAUUGAUAAAUUAUGUUCCAUAUUUAAAGAAGUUCGAUAUUUAUAUAUCUGUUCUUACAGAUAAAGGACUAUUCGAUUUAAAGUCAAUUCUUGAUUCAUUUCGAUGUUUUGUCACACAAUAUAAUGGUUGGAAUAUGUCUGUUACUCGAUUGAGAGCCUUUGAAAAGCCCAAAAAAUGUAAGUAG